AUGGACAUGUUCCUUGCCAUGCUGGUCCUUAUAGUAGAGAAGGUAGGCAAUGAAACAGCACUGGAAUUGAAACACCACCUCCUGGAGGCAGUGGAUGGGGACUCUUGGGGUCUCCCAAGUAGACCGUCUGCCUUGAGAAGGACAGCCUUUUCUACCUCAGGGAGGAAGAGAAACAUAGACCACAAUGAUGGAGACCCACCAGAUGUGCACAGGAAGCUGCCAACCAGUGCUGCAGAGGACUGAGCCAUGCUGCUAGGGUUUGCAGUGAUAGACUUCUCUGUCCUAAUGUUCUUCUUGCUUGGAAUAACCAUCCUAAAGCCCUUCAUGCUCAGCACGCAGAGAGAAGAAUCUAACUGCAUUAUCAUCCACACGCACAUCUUGGAUGACUGGAUGGACUCUUUCACCUGUGGUGUGGACUGCUGAUGUCAGGGCAAGUACCCGUGUCUGCAGGUGUUUGUGAACCUCACCCAUUCAGGUCAGAAAGUGCUCCUACAUUAUAAUGAAGAGGCUGUCCAGAUAAAUUCCAAGCGUGACGUUACAGACUGCAAAGUUAAAGUAAAGCAGACAUUGACAGUUUCUGAUGAGCACAAACAGUAAGUGCAGUCACAGGCCAAACUUCGUGCCGGGAACAGCAAGACUGGGGAGAGGUCUUAAAUUUAGUGACACUGUAUUAUUCUAUAUUCUCAGUACAAUACCACAUGCACUUGCUGUGUCAAAUACUUUUGGGGCCAUCAUUAAAAGAACAUUUAAAAACAUUUUCCUCCUAACUAAUGCAGUAUACCACAGGACUCCAACUCAUUGAAUGACAAAGUAUAGUGAAAUAGAUUUGCUACAAUAAAUAGGGCUAAAGAGGGUGAUGGGAACUCCUUUUUGAAGCUUCCAAAGUCAACAUUUGAUGUAACAGUAGUCUAAUUUUGGUAGUGCCACAUUCCCAAGAUGUUAAAGUGUUACGUUCUAAAAGCAUACAUUCUUUUAGAUUUUAUUCAAUCCAAUAAAGUCUGAGGACUGAGUCACAUUGAAACCAUUAACUGAAUUUGAAACUUUGGUUCCAUAGCCAAAAACAUUUCUACAAAUCAGAUGAAGGCCAAGCUGUCCAAUACUCUUAGGAACAUAAAUCUGAUAAGAGGAUUUUUCUUAUGAAAUCAAUGGAUAGUGACCACAUUUGGAAAUUUAUACUAGAAUUAAGGAGUUUAGUCUUAUUAAAGAUAUUCUGAGAAAAUAAUAAAACAGUGAAGGUUUUCUGCCUCCUUGCUAUCCUAGAAGGAUUAACAAAAAUAAGAAUCACCUAAACGUAUACAUGGCUCUUAGUAUAACCACAAAAUUAUUGUAGUGAGAGAUUAAAUAAUGUUUUAGAUAGAUUCAUGAACUUAAUUUAAUGCUUACAAAAUGCAUUACCCUCCCCAUACUUACCAACAUGAGGACUGGAGUCUACUGUUGGUAGUGAAAAUCAGCUACCAAACUACACUAAUAUGUACAGUGGACUGAUUUUACUUUUUUCUUCCCUGCUAAAACUCUGAAAUGUAGUUGUGUAAAAGUUAAGUCGUAAGAUUUUCUUAUGGCUCGUAACUAUCACUUUAUGCUAACUAGCAUGGCUGAAAUAUGAACAUAUCUAAAACCAAGCAAAAGGAAUGGCGCUGCCUUGAUAAAAAGUGCAAAACCUUACUCAAGUGGAGUACUUGAAGGAAAUAAGCUUGUUUAAAAACUAACAUCCCAACUUGGGAAACUCCUAAUCAAUUUUAAACUCUUCUGAAUUUUAGAACCUUGAUGUUUACACCUUUUAUAAAAGAUGCCUCUUGACUAGGGCUAGCAAGCACUGUGUAUACAAAUAGAAAUGUCUGCAAAUAUACACACACCAAUUUCACUAAUAAUAAAACAAAACUAAUUUCAAAUGCCGAAUUCAAGAACCUAGUACCAUGAGCCUCCUGGCACUACUGCCUUUUCCUAAUGGUUGGAGCAAUGAUUAAAUUUUAACAAAUUUUUUCUUAAUGUCUCCAAUGCCAUUAAAAACAAGGCAUGCCAACUCUGACUUUAUAAAUCUAAAAUACAGUGCCCUGCAAAUUACUGUUGUAUCAGAGCCGGAAGUACUGAAUUUUAGACUCAUCUAUUUUUUUUCCUUAUUAACCUUCUGAGGUAGAGUUACCCAUCCAAUUUUAUCAGGACCAUAGUUAUCUUGAGCUAAACACUAUAUUCUUUGCAGAAAGUGAAAAUAACUUUUAAGAGAAAAGAAAAAAGGCUUCCCAGGCCAUGGCACAUAAGAUACAUUUACAAUUUUUAAUGUAAUAAUUAAAAAAUAAAAAUGGUUUGUCUUUAUAUUUUAAAAAACAGCCCAGCUGUAGUAUUCUCUGUCACCAAGAAUUAUUGAUAUUGUCUGAGGAUUCUAUCAGUGCUAAAUUAUAUAGUUCAGCCUUCACAAUCCCAUCCUUGAUGAAGAGUUAAUUCCCUCAUGGUAUGUACAAUAUACUCUCACAACUUGCAGCCAUCUCUUAGUGCCUGAUCUGAGCAGGAUGGAUAUGAACGAUGUAAUUCAUUCAAGCAACUCCUCCCUGUCCUGCCCCCUCCCUCCACAUUCCCCUCUUCUAAAAAACAUCUGAAGUAUGAAAGUUGUUUUUAAAUGGUAGAAGCACCACAAUCCAUAACACCACAUAUGGUCUUUAAACUGAAGUAUUUUAGUGAUGUCUUGGACAUCGAAAUCAAUUUUUAAGGUGGAUUUUGAAUGUGUGGGUCCAGCCCAGGUCUGCAGUUUGUACAGAUAUAGAAACAAAAGGAACUUAUAACAUUCAGAAAAAGUUAACUUGCUGAGUUUAAAAUAAUGCUGGAAAUUAAAUUUCUUCAAAAGUUGGCAAGCAUGAGCUAUUGGUCAUGAUAUGAAUUAAAUGGAUUUACAAAUCAUUAAGAAACCCAAGUUUAUGUACUGUGAAAUUCCCAUGGUGCCUUUAAAAUAGGCUGCUCAUAAUUCUUUAAAUAAAUGCCAAAUCACUAGAUUUUUGAUGGAAAAAAAAUACAGAUGGACUGUGUUUUACCUAUUUGAAAAUCACCAAUCCAUUUAAAAUAAAAUCCAAGAGGGUAUAUACAUUCUAAUCAAGUAAUUGAUUAUUUUCCUGAUUAAUAAGAACUACACUUUACACAAAAUACUUUAUCAGCAGCUGUUUUCUUCAAAAAAACCAAUAGUCAUAGUUUCACAGUUGAAAAAGUUACACAUUAAAAUAUUUUACAAUUCAUUGUAUAUUCACCAGGUUCCCAUUUCCUAAAGGGCUUGUAAUAUAAAGCAGAUUAGAAGGGAAAACCUCAAAGUUGAUUACUUUGACACUAAGUUUUACAGAGGACACUAAGAACCACAAAAAGCUUAGGUUCUAUUGUAAAAUAGUGACCAAAUUCCAUUAUUCUUUAAAAAACCCAAUUAGAAACAUCUUUUUAAAAAACCAAACUCCACAACAUGAGUAACAGAUUUUAAAUUAACAGCAUUCUAAAAAUCUUCAAAAUAAAUGAUUUUAUGUAGCUGAGAAUGAUAAAAGUUAAAGUAUGAUUUUCAAAUAGUUGAUUAUUUCUUGCUAGAAUGUGUUUAAAUUAGGUUUUAUUUUCUUUAAACCUGAUUUUCUUCUUUUCUCCAAAACAGUCAUUGAAGGAAAUAUUGCUCAAGUGACCAAAUGAAAUUGUUGAGCCAAUACUCAGUUAUACCACAUUCAAUGACAAGGAUGGUCAGCCAUAGAAACUGACCAACUGGAAUUGAUCUCUGAUACUGAAGUACCUGGAAGUAGCUAUAUUAUCACUGACUUGAAACAUAUCCUAGUCACUCCAUGUAGCAUUUAAUUCAAUUUCUGGUUCUUUGCCUUCUGAGUACUACCUAUCCCUUUUCCCUUAUUUUUAAGGUUUACAUAAACUCUGCUUGGAUUUGUUUGAAAUGUACUUUGCAUUUAGCUAGUUCAUUUAAUGUAUAUUCUUUACAGA